AUGCAGGCAUACCAAAGUGGAAACUUUUCUCACACUGAAUUUGUUUUAAAUGGAUUUUCAGGUCUUAAAGAAAACAGAUGGCUGCUUUUCUUCCCUUUCUUUAUGUUGUUUGUUUUGUCUACAUUUGCCAACUCAGCUCUUAUAUUUGUCAUUAAAACACAGAGAAGUUUACACUCUCCAAUGUGUGUUUUAAUAGGAGCCAUGGCAUUUGUAGACCUGAGCCUGCCAGUAUUUUUUGUCCCAAAAAUGCUGUUAGGUUUUUUAUUCAAUUGGGAUGAUAUUUCAUUUCUGGGGUGUCUGGUCCAAAUGUUUUUUCUGCUUUUUGUUGGCACGUUCCAAUCAUCCAUUCUCCUCUGGAUGGCUCUGGAUCGAUAUGCUGCCAUAUGCAUUCCUCUGCGCUACAAUGACUACCUGAACACUUCUACUUGCCUAAAAUUGAUCAUUACAGCUGUUCUCAGAAAUGGCAUGUUUGUCGUGAUUGUUGUUGUCCUUGCUGGUAAUCUCUCCUACUGUACUUCCAAUGUCAUUGAUCACUGUUUCUGUGAACACAUGGCCCUGGUAGGGUUGGCCUGUGGAGGCACAUUGAUAAACAGUGUUUUUGGGUUGGUGGCAGUUUUUUGCAUAACAACUGUUGACUGUAUUUGUAUUGUUAUUUCAUAUGUAAAAAUAUUUUACUCUGUAUUUAAAUCAGGAAAGUCUUCCCGAAAGGCAAUCCAUACUUGUACUACCCAUAUAAUUGUCAUGUGUGUAACUUAUACUUGUACCAUGACAGCAUUCCUGUCUUACAGGAUCAGGAAUUCACUCUCUCCCAAUAUACGUGUCCUAACUAGUAUAAUGUAUAUACUUCUUCCCAGCUGUUUCAACCCAAUCAUUUAUGGCAUUAGAACAAAAGAAAUAAGAGAACAGUUAAUGAAACUAGUUUGGAGAUCCAAAAUCACCAGAGCUUCUGUUAAAGUGUCAAGUGUAACAUGCAAGUAA